AUGACACCCCCGGUGGCCCUUCGGAACGAGCUACAAGGGGUCUCCAGUUCCGCAAGGGCUGAUCUGUUCCGAGGCGCCAGCUGCAACAUCGAGAGUGAGGUGCUGGCAACUUUGGCAAAUGGCCAGGACCCACAUGCUUCAGGAACAAACACCGGCUUCAGAGUCAGACACAUUAGGCUCCCCAGCGGGGAUACCUACUCCGGUACAUUGUUGGGAAGCACGCCGGAGGGUUCAGGGCGGUAUACCUGGUCAGAUGGUACUAUUUAUGAUGGCGAGUGGAGGACGGGGAUGAGGCAUGGGCAAGGAAAGACGCUGUGGCCUUCCGGGGCCAGCUAUGAGGGCGAGUAUGCCGGUGGGUACAUAUAUGGUGAAGGCACGUACACUGGACAGGAUAACAUCGUCUACAAGGGACGGUGGAAGCUGAACCGUAAGCAUGGUCUCGGAUGCCAGACGUAUCCUAAUGGAGACAUGUUCCAAGGUUCUUGGAUUCAGGGAGAAAUACAAGGUCACGGAAAGUACACAUGGGAAAAUGGGAACACGUACACCGGCAAUAUGAAAAAUGGCAAGAUGUCUGGAAAGGGAACAUUUACUUGGAAAAACGGUGAUUCGUACGAAGGCAACUGGUUAGAUGGCAUGAUGCACGGGUAUGGUAUCUAUACAUGGAGUGAUUGUGGGUACUAUGUCGGAACCUGGACCAGGGGAUUGAAGGAUGGGAAAGGUACAUUAUAUCCUAGUGGUUGCAGAGUGCCUGCUGGUGAUGAGCUGUAUAUAAAAAACCUAAGGAACAGAGGUGUGCUGCCUGACCCUAGAAGGCAGAAUCAUGGUUCACGCAUACUUCACUCUUCGUCAGUUGACAUGGGAAAUAUGAAGGUUGGCAUAAAUCGGGACUCUGCCUCGUCUAGAAGGAACUCAAGUGAUUCAAGAAAUGUGUCCUUGGAAAGAAGGUGGAGUCUUGAGGUAGCUAUUGAGAAAUUCAUCGGAAAUGAAAAUAGUGAAACCUCUGAAAACAUUGAUGAUUCUGAGUUGCCUAUACUUGAAAGGGAAUACAUGCAAGGUGUUCUAAUCAGCGAGGUAGUACUUGACAGGAGUUUUUCGGGCUCAUCCAAGAAGGCAAAGCGCCGGCAGAAGAAGACGGUGAGAGAGACUAAAAAACCCGGAGAGGCAAUAAUUAAGGGUCAUAGAAGCUAUGAUCUAAUGCUAAGCUUGCAGCUUGGAAUCAGGUACACAGUUGGAAAGAUAACACCCAUUCAAAAACGUGAAGUUCGUGCUUCAGAUUUUGGUCCAAGAGCAAGUUUCUGGAUGAACUUCCCAAAGGAAGGAUCACGACUUACUCCCUCGCAUCCUGCAGAGGAUUUUAAAUGGAAGGACUAUUGUCCCAUGGUUUUCAGAAACUUGAGAGAGAUGUUCAAGAUUGAUGCUGCCGAUUAUAUGAUCUCCAUAUGUGGAAAUUCUGCACUUAGGGAGCUAUCUUCUCCUGGAAAGAGUGGAAGUGUAUUCUUCCUAUCACAAGAUGAUCGGUUCAUGAUUAAGACUCUCCGGAAAUCUGAAGUGCAGGUUCUUUUACGAAUGCUUCCAAACUAUUAUAAUCAUGUCCAUACUUACGAGAACACACUCAUAACUAAGUUUUUUGGCCUGCACAGGGUAAAACCUUCUAGUGGUCAAAAGUUCCGUUUUGUUGUAAUGGGAAAUAUGUUCUGCACAGAAUUAAGAAUUCACCGGAGAUUUGAUUUGAAAGGUUCAUCCUUAGGCCGUUCUACUGACAAAAUUGAAAUCGAUGAGAACACAACUCUGAAGGAUUUGGAUCUGAACUAUUCCUUUUAUCUGGAACCUUCUUGGCGAGAGGCUCUACUUAAGCAGAUAAAGACCGAUAGCGAAUUUCUGAAGUCACAACGGAUAAUGGAUUACAGUCUACUGCUUGGUGUCCAUUACAGAGCUCCUCAGCAUCUACGGACACGUGCUUCAUAUCGUCGAACCAUGACAGCAGAGAGAUUGACAGUUCUUUCAGAGGAAGAUGCCCAGGAGGAUGAUGCUUUUAACUACCCAGAAGGAUUGGUUCUGGUUCAAAGAGCAAACGACGAGAACAGUGUGGUCGUUGGGCCUCACAUAAGGGGAAGCCGAUUGCGGUCGUCGGCUGCUGGAUUUGGGGAAGUGGAUCUCCUGCUUCCUGGCACAGCUAGGGUUCAGAUCCAGCUGGGCGUGAACAUGCCCGCGAGGGCGGAGCAGAUCCCCAAGGAGGACGACAGCAAGUCGUUCUACGAGGUGUACGACGUGGUGCUCUACCUGGGCAUCAUCGACAUCCUGCAGGAGUACAACAUCACCAAGAAGAUCGAGCACGCCGUCAAGUCGAUGCAGUACGACUCGGUGUCCAUCUCCGCGGUCGACCCCGAGUUCUACUCGGAGCGCUUCCUCAAGUUCAUCCAGACCGUCUUCCCCGAGAACUCGUAG